CGCUCCUCCACUCCAUUCCAUCAUCGUGCUUUCUUGUCUUUGUUCUCAAUUGUGCCAACACCGCGCAAGAGAAGAAGAGACCAUUCUUGGUCUCAACGCAUCUCGGAGUUUGAGAGAGAUUGAGAGUGAGAGACGCCAGUAAAAUUCUUCUUCUUCUUGGCUUUGUAAAAAAAUUCCCAGUGAGAAAAAUCUCAAUCUCUCUCACUAACUUUUGGACGAUUUUUCAGAGGAAAAAAUUUCAGAUCGGUUUGGUUCUCUACAGAUUCAGUAAAGACUAUGCUUUUGUAAGUAGUGUCUAUUGCUUGUGUAGUUUCAAGAAAAUUCCAGACUACACUCGAUCUGGAAUCAUAAUAAAAUAUGGGCCGUCUCAAGCUGCAAUCUGGAAUUAAUUCCAUUGAGGAAGAGCCUCUCGAAGAAUGUGAAUCUAUGACUAGCAGUGGUGCUUUAGCAUGUAUGGUGAAUUCAGAAGUAGGUGCUGUGUUGGCCGUCAUGAGGAGAAAUGUUAGGUGGGGAGGGCGGUAUAUGGCUGGUGACGAUCAGCUAGAGCACUCCCUGAUUCAGUCUCUAAAAUCAUUAAGAAGACAAAUCUUUACAUGGCAAAGUCAAUGGAAUACAAUUAAUCCAGCUCUGUACCUUCAGCCAUUCUUGGAUGUGAUUAGAUCAGAUGAAACUGGUGCAGCAAUUACUGGGGUUGCCUUAUCAUCUGUCUACAAGAUCCUCACGAUUAAUAUGCUAGAUCUAAAUACCGUGAAUGUGGAAGAUGCGAUGCAUUCAGUUGUUGAUGCUGUCACAAGUUGCAGGUUUGAGGUGACUGAUCCCGCAUCAGAGGAAGUGGUACUGAUGAAGAUACUCCAGGUUCUUUUGGCUUGCAUGAAAAGCAAAGUAGCUGUUGUAUUGAGCAACCAGCAUGUAUGCACAAUUGUAAACACAUGUUUUCGUGUAGUUCAUCAAGCAGGAAGUAAAGGUGAGUUAUUGCAGCGCAUAGCACGCCACACAAUGCACGAACUUGUUAGGUGUAUCUUUUUGCACCUGCGAGAUAUUGAAAGCAAGGAACAUUCAUCAGCUAAUGGAAGCAUGCCUUAUAGCAAAAAAGAGAUGGGGAUUGACAAGGAUUAUGCAUUUGGGACUAAACAGUUAGACAACGGAAAUGGAAAUUCUGAAUAUGAGGGUGCACCCGUUUCUAUUGGUUUUGCUUCAACAGUUACCUCAGGUUCCAUAGCGAGCAUGAUGGAUGCGAAUACUAUUGGGGCUGCUAAUGGCAAAGACAGUCCAAACAAUGUACAUCUUAUGACAGAGCCUUAUGGAGUUCCAUGCAUGGUGGAGAUAUUUCAUUUUCUGUGUUCCCUCUUAAAUAUCAUCGAGCACAAUGGAAUGGGUCCCAGAUCAAAUACUCUAGCAUUUGAUGAAGAUGUGCCCCUUUUUGCUUUGGGCUUGAUCAAUUCAGCUAUUGAACUUGGUGGGCCCUCUCUAUGUCAACACCCUAAGUUGUUAGGUUUGAUACAGGAUGAACUUUUUCGUAACCUGAUGCAGUUUGGUUUAUCAAUGAGUCCUCUCAUUCUUUCAAUGGUAUGUAGCAUCGUUCUCAAUCUUUAUCAGCAUCUGCGUAUGGAGCUAAAGCUACAACUCGAGGCUUUUUUUAACUGUGUUAUACUGAGACUUGCUCAAAGUAGGCAUGGGGCUUCAUAUCAACAGCAGGAAGUUGCCAUGGAGGCUCUUGUUGACUUCUGCAGGCAGAAGUCAUUCAUGGUUGAGAUGUAUGCCAACUUGGAUUGUGAUAUCACCUGUAGUAAUGCGUUCGAAGAUCUCGCUAAUUUGUUGUCGAAGAGUGCGUUUCCGGUGAACUGUCCUUUAUCGGGAAUGCACAUUCUGGCUUUAGACGGUCUAAUUGCAGUGAUUCAGGGAAUGGCAGAAAGGAUUGGAAAUGGAUCACCCAUAUCUGAACAGAGUCAGAUAGAUUUUGCGGAAUAUAGUCCGUUCUGGACUGUAAAGUGUGAGAAUUAUGCUGAUCCUACUCAUUGGGUUCCAUUUGUUCGCCGGAGGAAGUACAUAAAGAGAAGGUUGAUGAUUGGUGCGGAUCACUUUAACCGGGACCCAAAAAAAGGUCUGGAGUUUUUACAAGGAACUCAUCUGUUGCCUGAUAAACUUGACCCGCAAAGCGUGGCUUGCUUUUUCAGGUAUACUGCUGGUUUAGAUAAGAAUCUCGUGGGGGAUUUCCUGGGAAAUCAUGAUGAGUUUUGUGUUCUGGUCCUCCAUGAAUUUGCUUGGACAUUUGACUUUGAAGAUAUGAAUCUGGAUACUGCACUGCGUCUGUUCUUGGAAACUUUCCGUCUUCCUGGAGAAUCUCAGAAGAUCCAGAGGGUACUUGAGGCAUUCUCAGAGAGAUAUUAUGAGCAAUCACCUCUCAUCCUUGCCAACAAGGAUGCUGCACUAUUACUAUCAUAUUCAAUAAUUAUGCUCAAUACGGAUCAGCACAAUGUACAGGUGAAGAAGAAGAUGACUGAAGAAGAUUUCAUUCGAAACAACCGACACAUUAAUGGGGGUGGUGAUCUUCCUCGGGAAUUCUUGAUUGACCUGUACCACUCAAUCCUCAAAAAUGAGAUCCGGACGACCCCAGAGCAAGGUGCUGGUUUUCCGGAAAUGACACCAAGUCGUUGGGUGGAUCUGUUGCGCAAAUCCAAGAAGACUUCACCGUUCAUUAUGUGUGACUCUCGCGCAUUUCUAGAUCAUGAUAUGUUUGCUAUCAUGUCGGGUCCCACGAUUGCUGCUAUCUCAGUUGUAUUUGAUCAUGCAGAGCAUGAAGAUGUCUUCCAAACAUGUGUUGAUGGAUUCUUGGCUGUUGCAAAGAUAUCAGCUUGUCAUCAUCUCGAGGAUGUAUUAGACGACCUAGUGGUGUCUUUAUGUAAGUUCACAACCCUAUUGAACCCAUCUUCUGUCGAGGAACCUGUUUUAGCCUUCGGUGAUGACACAAAAGCUAGGAUGGCAACUAUAUCAGUUUUUACCAUAGCGAACAAGUAUGGUAACUAUAUUCGAACUGGUUGGAGAAAUAUUCUGGAUUGCAUAUUAAGAUUACACAAGCUUGGUCUUCUCCCUGCUAGAGUGGCCAGUGAUGUGGCCGAUGAUUCAGAACAUUCUUCAGAAUCUGGACGUGGGCAACCUGUUACGAGCUCCCUAUCUGCAUCUCAGAUGCCUUCCAUGGGUACUCCUCGGAGAUCCUCAGGGUUGAUGGGAAGGUUCAGCCAGCUAUUAUCAUUAGAAACAGAAGAGCCAAGAUCACAACCAACUGAACAACAACUUGCAGCUCAUCAACGAACUCUUCAGACAAUUCAGAAGUGCCACAUUGAUAGCAUAUUUACCGAGAGUAAGUUCUUACAGGCAGACUCGUUAUUGCAGCUCGCACGGGCUUUAAUUUGGGCAGCUGGACGACCGCAGAAGGGUAACACGUCUCCCGAGGAUGAGGACACUGCCGUAUUCUGCUUAGAGUUGUUGAUUGCUAUAACCUUAAACAACAGGGACAGGAUCGUUCUUCUGUGGCAAGGUGUGUAUGAGCAUAUUUCAAACAUAGUUCAGUCUACUGUAAUGCCGUGUGCCUUGGUUGAAAAGGCUGUUUUCGGACUCCUAAGGAUAUGUCAGAGGCUGCUUCCCUAUAAAGAGAAUUUGGCUGAUGAGCUCCUUAGGUCACUCCAAUUGGUGUUGAAGCUCGAUGCUAGGGUUGCUGAUGCUUACUGUGAGCACAUAACUCAGGAAGUUAUGCGUCUCGUGAAAGCAAACACAACGCACAUCAGAUCACAAAUGGGAUGGCGAACAAUCACAUCCCUGCUUUCCAUCACUGCUCGACAUCCGGAGGCAUCUGAAUCAGGGUUUGAGGCACUAAUUUUCAUCAUGUCCGACGGAGGGGUCCAUCUUUCACCCGCUAAUUAUGUGCUUUGUGUGGAUGCUGCAAGGCAGUUUGCUGAAUCACGUGUGGGGCAGUCAGAUCGAUCUGUGCGAGCAGUGGAUCUGAUGGCCGGUUCUGUCACGUGCCUAGCUCGGUGGUCUAAAGAGUUCAAAGAUGCUCCAGGGGAGGAUACAGCAACAAAAGUAGCUCAGGAUAUAGGGGAGAUGUGGCUGAGGCUAGUGCAGGGUCUGAGAAAAGUUUGUCUGGAUCAGAGAGAAGAGGUUAGGAACCACGCUCUGGCAUCGCUUCAGAAGUGCUUGACAGGGGUUGAAGGGGUUCGGCUUCCUCAUGCUUCGUGGUUGUCGUGUUUCGAUCUUGUGAUUUUCACUGCUAUCGAUGAUUUGCUUGAGAUUGCACAGGGUCACUCUCCUAAAGAUUACCGUAACAUGGAAGGCACUCUUGUGCUAGCAAUGAAGCUGUUAGCCAAGGUAUUCUUGCAGUUACUCCACGAUCUCUCCCAGUUAACUACGUUCUGUAAAUUGUGGCUUGGUGUGCUUAGCCGCAAGGAGAAGUAUAUGAGGGCGAAGAUUAGAGGGAAGAGGAGUGAGAAACUCCAAGAACUAAUCCCCGAGCUUCUAAAGAAUACGUUGCUUGUUAUGAAGGCUAAGGGAGUUUUGCAGCAGAGGAGUGCCCUAGGUGGGGAUAGUUUGUGGGAACUGACAUGGCUACACGUAAAUAAUAUCGCUCCAUCUUUGCAAUCUGAAGUGUUCCCUGACCAAGAAAUUGGGCAGAAACAUGAAACUGAAACAAAUGCGGCAAGUUAUAAAGAUGUUCAAGCAGUAGGACAACAAUAAUAAUAACAAUAAUAGAUUUCUAACUUGUUGAACAGAGAAACCUCGUCAUGCCUAGACCAUUUUGGUGCUGCUGAAAGUAGAAAAAGGAUACAGGUUCCUGUACAUUUUGAUAUUGCUUAGCUGGCUUUCAGGGGAGAAAGGCAAUGAUAUUCAAACAAGGCGCAUGAAAGUUCCAUGUCUUGAGACGAAAAACCCUUGUUGGUGAAACAAAACAGAAUUGAUUUUAUAUGGCAAGUAAUAUAGUCACUUCUCAUUCUGUAGUGCAUACUAUACAAUAUUUAUCGUGUUUUGCUUCUUCUGCACAGAGAGUAGCUAGUUGUCGAUUGUCAAGGUUAUGCUUAAGUAGGUUUCCCUGAUGUUUUCGGGUGCUCUUUCACAUGUUGUGUAUUUUGUAGAGUGAAAGAGUGUAGAUUUGAUUUUUCUCCCCCAGUUUUUCCGAUUGAUUAGUAUGGUAUAUGAAAUGGUUUUAUAAAAGUACAAAACUGAAAUACUGCUGUGCAUUUCUUCUUUA